GCCGAUGAAGCCCGAAAGGCGUAUCGUGAAAUUGAUGACCAGAUAAGAAAUUUGGAUUCGUCGAUAAGUGAAUCAGAGUCAUAUAUUAGUGGAGACUUUGGUGAAGAUUUGGCAUGGGUACCGCUGAAGGGUAAAUGGUUCGAAUUGGAUGAUGGACAGUAUAUUUACAAAGUGUCUUUGUUUGAUCGGGCGGUUCAGAAAGAGAAGAGUGGCCAUAUGGAAAUUAGUUUAGGGGGACAAGGCUGCUGGAAUGGGCCGGAACGGUCGACGCGAGUCGUCAUCGAAUGUGGUGAGGAGACAGCAUUGGUGGAGGCAACAGAGCCAUCCAAAUGUGAAUAUCGCUUUGUGUUGAAGACACCAGCCGGCUGUCCCAAUCCAGCAACAAUUGACGAUUUGCAUGAUGAACUGUGA